UAGGUCACAUAAAUGAAAGAAUGGAAGAUUGUAGGGAACAUUUUCAAAGUAUGCGUUAGUUCAGCACUUGUUUAGUCAAUUUAAUUGGUUGGUGAUGGAAAUGUAUUGUUGACAACUUUUAUAUAGAACUAACUGAUUGAUUGACCUUUGGAAAGUUGAUUUGAGAAGAGGUUUUGUUGAUCUCCAGUGAUCAUCAGUGACUUGAUGCCUUUGCAGAAAGAGAUCUUAAAGGAGGUUUGGACAGUAGAUGGCCUUCCUAAUGAUGACUCUGAAAGGUCAGUACAGAAGCCCAAAAAGAAGAAGCCAGAGGCAGAUUCUGGAAAGGCCAAAAAGAAGAAGCCAGAGGCAGAUUCUGGAAAGGCCAAUGGAGCUGAUGCAAAACCAAAAAAGAGCAAGGCUAAAAUGAAUGAAGACUUGUCAGGCGUGGAGGAGAGUACACCCUCAAAAAACAGCAAAUCAGUAAAGAAAAAGAAACCAGAGAAGGUUAAAGAAGAACUAGCAGAAAAGGACACAAAAAAGAAGAUCAAGAGUACUCCAAAAAAGAAGAAAGAUUCAGAUGAUGAAGAUGUUGAGGAUGAGGAGGAGGAGACUCCACAGAAAAAGACAAAGAAGAAAAUCCCCAAAGAAAGCUCUCCUACCGGCACCAAAGAAAAGAAAUCAAAGGCCAAAGAUAACAAAAGUGAAUCAGAAAGCAAAGGAAAGGCAACUAAACCUAAAAAGGAACCAGCUUUUAUGUUUCAGAUAAAUGGAGAUAAACCAGACUUUAUCGCAAAAAAGAAAGCUGCUAAGUCAGACAGUGAUGAGAGUGAGCCGGAGACUAAACCAAGCAAGGCCAAAAAGAAAUCAACAGCCAACUCUACCUCCAUGUUUCAAACUGGAGGAGAGAAAGACAAAGACAAAGAUAAAGACAAGAGAAAAGACAAGAAUAGCAAAGACAAGAUUAAGGAGAAGAAUAACAAGAAAAAGAGCUUAGCUAAAUCUGAUGAAAGUGAAGAAGAGGAUACAGAAGUGACCAAAAAGAAAAAAGGCAAAGGAAAAAAAAGUAAAAAGGAGGAGGAGAGGCCUCCAUCCCCAGAGAUUGAGUUUGAUGACCUUGAGGAGUUUGUUCUUCAGUCUGCACCUCAGGGAACCACCAUCAAGUGCAAAGUGACACGAGACAAGCGUGGCAUGGACAGAGGCUUCUAUCCCACCUACUACCUCCAUUUAGACAAUGAGAAGAAGGUCUUUUUAUUAGCUGGUCGAAAAAGAAAAAAGAGUGCAACAUCAAAUUAUUUGAUCUCCAUAGAUGCCACUGACCUGUCACGGGGUGGAGAUAAUUUUAUCGGCAAGUUGAGAUCAAAUCUCAUGGGUACCAAGUUCACUGUAUUUGACAAUGGUCUUAACCCUGAACGUGCCUUCAGAGAUAUGUCAAAUGCCCGGAAAGAACUAGCUGCUAUAAUUUAUGAGACGAAUGUGUUGGGGUUUAAAGGGCCUAGGAAAAUGACUGUGAUCAUCCCAGGAAUGGAUGACGACAAUGAGCGAGUACAGAUAUGUCCACGAACAGAAAACGACAGUCUGCUGGUACGCUACCAGAACAGACAGAUGGACAGUGUGAUUGAACUUCACAACAAAACACCAGUUUGGAACGAUGACACCGCAUCAUACGUCCUCAACUUCUCAGGUCGGGUCACACAGGCCUCUGUCAAGAACUUUCAGAUCGUCCACAGCAAAGACAAUAGCUACAUUGUGAUGCAGUUUGGAAGGGUAGCUGAUGACAUGUUCACUCUGGACUAUAAUUACCCCAUGUGUGCAGUGCAAGCCUUUGCUAUUGCUCUGUCCAGCUUUGAUGGAAAACUGGCCUGCGAAUGACAACAAAGCACAAAAUUCCACAACCAGUAGUCAAAUCUUUGAAUCAACACACAAUAACAUUAUCAUUGAGAAGAGUGAUGAAGAAAGAUCACCCAUCUGCUGAUGUGGGAACAUUUAUUUAUUUAUUUUUCAUUUUUCAUUGUGCCUGAAUGUGAUUGGGAGACUCCAGAUUUACCUUGCCUACCCCUAGAUACAAAAUAGCAGCCAAUACAAGAGCUGGGUAUUAUAUAUUUGCUGCAUAUAUUGGGCAUUAUAAAUGUGUGUAUGCAUGUGAUGUAUUUAUUCAGUAUGAAUGCAGGUUACAUUAAAGGUGCACUCCGUACAUAGUCCUAAAGAAAAUAAUUGUAAUUUUGAAACAUACACUAUGCAUAAAAUCAUGACCACUUACAUAUCAGUAACCUUAUAAAAGCAGUUUAAAUCUACAUGGAGAGGGUCUCCUCAUGGGGGCAGCCAUUUUAGAAUCACAUGACCAGCCGAAUACUACUUGCUUAUGGUGUGUUCCAGAUAAAUCAUAACUCUGAAUUUUCCCACGUCCUACUUGAAAAUAAUGACUGGAACACAGCUCGAAGUUGGACAUCCAUCUUGUGAAAAAAAUCUACUUCAGCAAGAAGCACCAUUUGACAUAAUUUCCAUGAUGGCUGCGACAGAGCAUAAACCGGAGAUAGGUUUUUGUGAAACAUAAAACUAAAUUUUUACUGCACAAAAUGUAUGAAUAUGCAAUAUACAAUAAAUAUACUAAAGCAUAUUUAAGAGUAAUUGUUUUUGUUUCAAUCAAUGCCAAAAUUUUCAUCUAUUUUGCUUAUUAAAUAGCUGGUAGAUGGCCAGCUAGCUAACAUCUGGAAGGUUGUGUAUUUGACAUGUGUGCAUGUGGUCACGAUGUGUGAUUGACUGGAACGCAUUGAGGUUGGAAGAGGCAAAUUUCAACUUGGAUGUUCUGACCUUCUAUUUCUUCUGGAACGCAGGAUAUACAGUGCAUCCAGAAAGUAUUCACAGCGCUUCACUUUUUCCACAUUUUGU